AUGGUAAACAUUACGGAGAAGAUCAAGGAGAUUGAGGCCGAGAUGGCUAGAACGCAGAAAUAUCAUUUGGGUCUUCUCAAAGGGUCACUCGCUCGUCUGAGAGCGCAACUAUUAGAGCCCGGCCCAGGUGCAGGCGGUCCUGGUGGAGAAGGUUUCGAUGUCAGCAAGAGUGGUGACGCUCGUAUUGCGCUCGUUGGUUUCCCUUCAGUCGGAAAAUCAACAUUCAUGGGCAAGAUCACAAAAACAAAAUCCGAGGUUGCGGCAUAUGCUUUCACCACACUCACUGCCAUUCCUGGUGUACUUGAGUACGGAGGUGCUGAGAUCCAAAUUCUCGAUUUACCGGGUAUCAUCGAGGGUGCUGCAGAAGGCAAGGGUCGUGGAAGACAGGUCAUUAGUGCUGCAAAGACCAGUGAUAUGAUCUUGAUGGUGCUGGAUGCUACGAAAAGAGCCGAGCAAAGAGCUCUACUGGAAGCUGAGUUGGAGGCCGUUGGCAUCAGACUGAACAAGGAACCCCCGAACAUCUACUUGAAGCCCAAGAAGGCUGGAGGCAUGAAGAUCACCUUCCAAACUCCUCCGAAGAACGGUCUGGACGAGAAGAUGCUGUACAAUAUUCUUCGUGACUACAAGAUUCUGAAUUGUGAAGUCCUUGUCCGUGAUGAGAAUGUCACUGUCGACGAUUUUAUCGAUGUUAUCAUGAAGGAUCACCGCACAUAUAUCAGAUGUCUUUAUGUCUACAACAAAGUCGACGUCAUCGGCCUCGAUCACAUGGAUAUGCUAGCAAGAGAACCAAACACCGUUAUCAUGAGUUGCGAGCUCGACCUUGGAGUCAGAGACGUCGUAGAUCGUUGCUGGGAAGAACUUCGCUUGAUCCGCGUUUACACCAAGAGGCAGGGCAUUGAUCCGGAUUUCAGCGAGGCUCUCAUCGUCCGCGGAAACUCGACUAUCGAAGACGUGUGUGAUGCUAUCCAUCGCAACCUGAAGGAGAGCUUCAAGUAUGCAUUGGUAUGGGGUGCUUCCGCCAAACACAUCCCUCAAAGGGUCGGUCUGGGUCAUGUUGUAUGUGACGAGGAUGUGGUAUCAAUCGUCGGUACGAAGUCUGGUCUUGCAGCAAAGUGA